CGUUCUCUCAUAAAUCCAAUAAGAUUCGUUUGUCUACUUACUAACAAUAUUCCUCUUACAAUGGCAAUGGAACCAAGUUCUUCGGUGAUGUUGCAAGGAGAUGAUUCCGACUGCAAUCGAGUGGAUACAACAACCAAAGAAUCCGAUGGCGUAAAAUGUUCUAUUCCCGCUAACAACCGUACUUUUCGUCGUCACCUUGAUGCCGCUUUCCAAAAACAUGGCUCUCAGCUGCCGGAACAAAUUAUGAAGUCACAUUACUUGGACAAAUGUAAACACGUUGAGGUGGAAACAUAUGUGAAUGAAUUCGCCACCAAAUCCGAAGAGUGUGUCUAUGAAAAGAUGCGGGACAAAGAGGAUUUUGUUCGGGUCACCAACUGGUGUGAGCUAAUGCAUUCGACGGAAAUGAAAACCACUAGCAAUCAGGAAAUUCCACUUGCAUUGAGAACGAUUGCAAUGACAGAACAAUUUCCGGAUCCGACAUAUGCCAAUGGGGUAAAUUUCAAACUUCUGUAUACGAACCUUUCGAACAUGAUGCUGGGCCAUCCGGUUCAAGAGAUGAACGCAGCUACGGCAAAGGUUCUAAAGGAUGUUUAUGAGGAAAUAAUGCUACAAAUGCAGCAUACCGAUAACAACGAAGAUUCAGCUCUGCUUCGUCCACCGUGUUUGCUUACGGCAAAGCCAUCAACGACAGAAAACCUUAGCAAUGGUGGGCUGAGUCCUUUCUUCACCGACCGCAAUCUGAAUCCUCUACAAAUUCCAUUCGAGAAACUUUUCUAUGUCUCCAAAUAAAUGCUUUCUUUCAAGAAAAAAAGACUGAUAAUAGAAUA